AUUAUUUGUGGGACAGUUGUGAACAUCAGACGGAAUAAAAAUUAGAUCCAUAAUGAAUCGAUUUUUGAUUUGCUUGACAGUUGCUUCGCUUAUUUAUUUAAUCGAAGCAUUGAAUUUGGAAUGUGUUUAUGAAAUGCAUGAAAAUAAGAAUUUGGGUCACAUCUACACUUGUUUUCCUCAAAAGUUCCGAACGACAUUCUUGGAAAGAAAUGUGACAAGUGUUAACAAUGGAAAUACGAGUGAACCGGAGAGAGCCGUCUUUGGAUUUUAUGCUGAAAAGGAAUCGUUUCUCUACUUGCCAUUAAAUUUAGGAACUCAUUUCCCUCAACUCGAAAGUCUCAUUGUUGAUGAUUGCGAUGUUCAGUUCCUAGUGAAUGGCGAUCUUCAUGGACUUCAUGACUUGAUCGUCUUCGAAGUUUCACGCAAUCCAAUCGAAUAUUUGGGAGCUGAUUUCUUCAAAGAAAAUACUGAACUUCAGGUUAUUGCGUUUCAUGAUUGUAAUUUACAAAUAAUUGAUCCUGGAAUUCUAGACGGACUUGUUUAUUUAAGAUUUGCUGAUUUUGAAAAAAAUGCUUGUGUCAAUCUAAAAAUCGAAAAAUGGUCAGAGUUAAAAGGUUUGGAAGAGAAGAUUCUUGAGUCAUGCCAAACAAAUAAUGAAUGGUAUGAUGAAAGAAUUUUUGAUCGUAAUCUUAAAUUGGAAGAGUUAAUAACAACUACUGAAAUUCCUCCCUCGACUGAAAUGACUCAAACAUCUGAACCCGAAUCACCAACAACUCCUUGUUUAUUCGAAGGAGUGACUGAAAAACUUGUGUCGGAGACUACAAAUGCAAAUCAAAUCCUUGAAUGUCCCCAACAUAAUUUUCUGACAUCUGCGCAUUUUAUAACAUUUUGGUUCAUUAUGGUUGUCACUUUAAUUAAUUUGAUUAUUUUCAAAAGUAUUCCUGAUAAAAAUGUAUAA